AUGGACCCUACCGCGGAACUCCUCCUCCCUCUCCUCACUGUUCUAUCAAAUGCAACUGCUUAUCCAUCAAAUCAAUUACUCAUGAGAGAAUUCCGACUGACAAAUCGAGUGGUAGAUAUGCUACCGGAUUCAAAACAUUGGCCGAGGUCUACCAGAGUAAUACUGUUACAGUGCAUUGCUAAUAUGGCAGUGUCGUCGGAUAAUAUGGACGUCAUGAAACUUGCCUUAAACCAUAUCGUGUCCCGUCUGACAUCGGAAGAUGAGAUGGAAGUCGUGGUAGCCAUGCAAGCCCUCACCAAUCUGUCCAUAAAUAUUCGAAAAGAACAAAUCCCAAAAUUUGUCCCCGUGAUUCCUCAUUGCUUGAACCGGCUAAGGAUCCGUGGAGAAGUGAACCUGAAUGCCCUUCGACUACUCGUAAAUCUCUCAUGCUGUCCGGAUAUGGUUCCGUAUCUUCUUGGAAACAAAUCAGUUUCUGGUCUUCUAAGGAUUCUGGAUACUGACAGAGAAGAAGUUCUGAUUAGGGCAGUGACAUGGAUUCUGUGUACGACAUCGGCAGUGGAUGCAUUGAACUUGACUUAUGAUCGGAUAGCGGAACAUAAUUUGGACCCAUUCCACAACCCAUCUCACACUUUAUUCUUCUCUAUAUACGGACCGAAAGGAAGAGAAGAAUUGGAACUACAAGCAAGACAUCUCACUAAUCAUUCGAAUAAGGAUGUGGCCAGUAAAUCGGUCAGGCUACUGGAAACCCUUGCUAAUGUUCCCCCAUUCCCAAUGGCCGGAAAUCAUCUAAACCGUCUCUAA